CAGAAUGUUGAGACAUGCUCUGUUCGAAUGAAUGAUUUGGCAUAACAGCCCGAUAAAUCUUGAGAGCAUUCUGAUCCACUUUCCGGCAACUCGGAAAUCUCUCCGUUCGUCCGAAACCUCCCCAAUCGCCUUUCGGAAUCCUGGAGAAACGCACGUAUUUGAGUAUACACGUACAUAUACUUCGUAGUGUUUGCACAGAGUGAUAGUGAACUGUAAAAUGCGCCAAUGGCUCAGUAUCGACAACCAGGGCACGGCAAUGGCGGUGGAGGAUUUGCUCGGAAUGGAGUCGAGUCGGAUCAGUUUCAAAUUGCGAUUCGUCCGUCCACCCACAAGCAGCAGCAGCAGCCGCGGCAUGUUCAUCCCCGUAAGUUGAAGGGCCCCAAGAUCUCGAUCGGCUGUCUCGUCGUCAUCCUCUCAAUCGCUUUUACCGUUUCUGUUCUUGCAUUUCUCUAUAUUACUUCACAAAAUAAAGAAUUUGAUCAAAGGCAUCCUCAGGAUGAUAUUAUUGAAGAUGACAUGGAUUUUCUUACCAAUGUGACGCGAACACAAGGACACAAUGUUCAAUUUGGACGUGGAUCAUUUAAAUACAGUAGAGAUUCCCAGUAUUGGGACAGGGAUGACAGAAGAAGAGAUGAAGACUACAGUGAGGAGGAUUUGGAACGUAACCGCAAUGCAACCCUAGAUAUGUUCCAAUCUGCUCUAAAGGGAAAGAAGAGUGAUAAGAAAUCUUCAAGUUCUAAAUCUGUUAUUGAUUUGGAUCUUAGGAGGGGAGGCUUGUACAAUGAAGCUGGGCGUGAUGAACUAAAAGUGUAUGAAGCUGAAUAUCGGGCUUCUUUGAACAGUAAUGAUAAAUCCCAUGAGGGAAAUAGCACAAAGAACCACUCAUCUGACAUUACAGAGGAUGGAAGGUCAAGUGAGACGGUAGUCAUUGAUCAAGACGAUACAAACACGGAGGGAUAUGAUGAGUAUGGCCAUGAAGUAGAUGACUAUUCUUCUGGGGUUAGCUUGAAUCACACACAUUCUUUUGCUAAACAUGAUGAUGUGAUCAAUAAUAGAAUUUUCAAAGAGGCUGGAAAAGCUUCCGGUGCUUUGUCUAAUGUUGAUAGUUUUUUGAAGUAUAAGCAUCUUAAAGGUGCCACAAAUGUAAUACAUGACAGACAGUCUGCAAGGACUGCAUCUGAAAAGCAACCAGCUUCAAGGAAGAGGUCAAAGAGACAUUCUUGCGAGAUGAAACUGUUAAAUUCAUCUGCACUGCUUGUAGAGCCUUUACAAAGUCGAAAGUUUGCAAGAUUUUCUUUACAAUACACGGAACGAGAGGAAAAGUCUGUUGAAGAUGAAAAAUGGGAACCAAGAUUUGCUGGACAUCAGAGUAUGGAAGAAAGGGAAAAAUCUUUUCUUGCACGCAAUCAUAAGAUAAACUGUGGUUUUGUCCAAGGCCCCGUAGGAGCAGCAUCUACAGGCUUUGACUUGGCUGAAGAUGAUGCAAAAUACAUCAGCAGUUGCCACAUUGCUGUCAUAUCGUGUAUAUUUGGAAAUUCAGACCGGUUAAGAAUGCCUGCUGGCAAAAUGAUCUCUCGUACUUCCAGGAAAAAUGUUUGCUUUGUUAUGUUUGUUGAUGAAGCUACUUUACAAGCCUUCUCAGCUGAAGGACAAAUGCUGGAUACCAUGGGCUUUAUUGGUUUAUGGAAAAUUGUGGUAGUGAAAAAUUUGCCUUACACUGAUAUGCGGAGAGUAGGAAAGAUACCAAAACUAUUACCGCAUAGACUUUUUACUUCAGCCAGGUAUUCAAUUUGGUUAGAUAGCAAGCUAAGAUUACAACUUGACCCUCUUCUGAUUUUGGAAUAUUUUCUUUGGCGGAAGGGGCAUGAAUACGCUAUUUCCAAUCACUAUGAUCGGCACUGUGUCUGGGAAGAAGUUGCUCAAAACAAGAAACUUAACAAGUACAAUCAUAGUAUUAUAGACGAACAAUUUGAGGCUUACAAGGCUGAUGGACUUAAAAAAUUUGACAUUUCAGAUCCUAACCGACUUCUUCCAAGCAAUGUACCUGAAGGUUCUUUUAUUAUACGUGCUCAUACACCAAUGUCCAACUUAUUUUCUUGCCUUUGGUUUAAUGAGGUUGAUCGCUUUACACCUCGUGAUCAACUCAGUUUUGCAUACACAUACUACAAGCUGAGAAAGCUUAACCCAGAGAAACCUUUCUAUCUUCACAUGUUCAAGGACUGCGAAAGGCGAAAGAUAGCCAAAUUGUUUCGUCAUCGAUCUGAUGAGAGGAGGAACAUGAUCUCCCAGCGCGAGACCUGAGUAGAGUUGUGAAAAGCGCACAGUUUUGGGCGGGUAUUUGAUUGAUUGGUUGAUUCAAUCCAGUGUACAAAGACAUGCCAAUCUGCAAAACGUAUUGUAUAGUGCCAAAAACCCAUUCCCAAUGAGGAAAGAGAGAGGGACGUACUAUACAUUCCCCGAACAAUGGCUUCUACAGGCACCCACUUCAUGGAAAUAUGAGAAAUUCCCCAGAGUUAAGCCUGCCAAGUGAAGAAAGGAGGAACCCUCUUUUCCUUUUUUACGUGUAAUUACCAAACACUUCAUUUCUUGUUCCACUAAUUCUUUUUUUUUUUUUAAGAAACAAUAAAAAGCCAG